AGUUCAAUGAAAGAAGUUGAUCAAAAGCGACGUUUGAAUGUCGAUAAAGCGGAUAAUGCAUAGCUUUUAAUCCUUUAAUUUUUUACUACUCGGUCGAUAAAGCAAAUCGCGACGUAGUGAACAACGAGGUCAGAGCGAGACUACACCCGUAACGAUCCCGUGUUUGAAUUCAAGGUUUUCGCGGAAACGAAGUAUGAAAGAUGCUAGUAAUCGUUUGGAAUCGUGGUCAUCCGCGUCGUUGUUGUCUUUCAUCGUCGUACCAAAAGCAAACGUAUGGCAACCUCGUCAACCUCGAUACGCCUUCGCCAAUGAUAAGAUAAAGGUUAGCAUGUAUACGUUUCUCGUGAAAUCGCAGACGUAGGCGUUGUUGUAUUUCGCUUUAUUCGUGUGCACUUCGAUCCUUGCGUUCGCUUCUGAUAAUGCUUUUUCUUCUAUGCAUUCUUUUUUUUCUUUUUCUCUUUUCUUUUUCCUCUUUUUCCUUCUUUGUCUUCACGAUAUCGUGAAAAAGCGAAUGAAUUGUGCAAACGAAUUGUGAAUCGAAGAAUCUCGAUGAAAUGAGAGUUUCUUUUUGCGAGGUUAGCCUGGUCUACAGGUAUGCGCAGGUAUGCGCGAGUAGGCGCCAUCGUGUGACCGCCCACGGAGAAGGUAUAUUUCUGCAUCCGUACGUGAGCAAACGAUGCGACUAUGACGCUUAACCUAUGUAUAUUUUUCAGAUUAUAAAAUUUAAUAUUGAAAAUAUAAUAGAAUGAUGGAAUUCUUAUGUGCAUAUAUGUAUGUAAUCUAUUACAAUAUAUCUGUGUGAUUAAAGUACAAAUACACAACAUAUGCGUUCACAUACACAGAAGAUAACGUAUGCAAUGCAAACAGCAAUGGAACUAUAUGCACUGGUGCACGUGUGGCGCUCUCCCAGUUAGCAUGUACAUAAAUAAACUUCAGUUAUAAACUCGGGUCUGCAAUUUUAGUAAGUGCCACUCUUCAUUCUGGACCAAAGAGCUUAAAUACAUACUUAAUUACUGUUAUUCUUUUAUAUCAUUUAUGACUAAUUAUUAUACUAUAAUGUAUAUUAUUUUAAUACUUCUUCCUCUAAAUCUGAUUGUAUGAUAUCCAUAAAUAUAUUUGAAGAUAAACUUAGAAGAUAUAAUUGGUCGAAUAAAACAACAAAACAAUUUGAUAGAAAUUCGCUUGAAACGUGUUGUAAUAAAUACAUAACAAACUAAUAUUAUACAUUGAACAGGAGCCAAUUAUAUGAAAACAUGAACAGUUUCAGCUCAGACAAGACUUAAUCAAUCGUUUGAAUAAAAUAAGUAUCAUAGACGACAGCCUGUCUCGCCAAGAACCCUUGAAAGAUACCUCUAUGUUCAACUAACAGACAAGAAUAACGGAAAGAACCGUCUAAUGCGUUUUUUGCAAAGAAUUACGACUGUAACGCCCUUUUCUUUCAUAUUUCGCAUUCUCACGUGGCUUUUGCCGCAUAAGUAAGGUAGGUAAGGGCCAUAUGAGUAGUAUAUGGUACACAGAAUUCAAAGGUGAGGUGUCGCAAGUCAAGGCAGUGGUAAAUAGAAGCAUACUUAUCUCGCUCACUCUUACUCUCGAUCCGUUAAUUCUAUCCUUUGUCUGUCGUUUGCACACAUACCCACAGAACAAGCACAAGUGCGUGAAAAGAGAGCAAGGAAAGCGAAGGCUACAGAUCCCAAGCAAACGAACAUGGAGGAGAAAGAGGGAAAGAGAAUGGUCGACGUACAUCAUUUGGGCGCCGAGAAGUCUGGCGCGACCAGGCCAAGCCAGGCCAGGCCAGAGGCGCGUCUCUGGUUACGCGACCAUUUGGGGCGCCAAGCAUGGAGCGCCGAAGAGGUGAAAGGAGCGGGAGGAAGAACUGAUAGAAGGGAAAACCAUAGGAGAGCAAAGAAGAACAGAGAAGAGGACUCCAGACUAGUAGAGACGAAGGUAGGCGUUCGAGCAUCGUCGUGUCGAGCUUUGAACUGUGGAAUCGCAUAGGGCGGCAUUGUGGAAGGAGAAAGAGGGGAAAUCAACGAAGGGGCCCCAGCAGGCUACAUUCCAGCGGGACGCGAGUUUUCAAACAUGGCUACCCACGUGAAUGUAGGUCCACGACCGAUCGUAUAACACGCACACAUGUGCGACCUUACAAACUACAAGAUCUCCUCUUUCUUUCUCUUUCUUAUUCUUGUUUCUCUUCGUUUCGCCUGUGUAAUCUGUUCGGAACGAUUCCCUCUCAUAACGUGCUCCUUCCCCUAAUGCCUGCUCCGUCACACGCUUAUACUGACACUAACCCACAGAAUCCCCUUGCCCCUUUACACCAUCGGGUUGUUCGUUUCUCCUCUCCCCUCACAGCAACCCGGACGGCCCGUCCGACCGAGCUGGCGACACCCUGUCUGGCAAGACCGGCCGACGGACAAAGGAGGGGGAGCCUGGCCGCUGCGUUGCCACGUCCUCGGACUUCGAGCUGCACCUACCUUCGGCCUCAAGGACAAAUCCGAUGAACGUGUCAGCCGUCGUGGCGUACUUAGGCGACUGCCGGUCUGCUACUGCUAUGCCUCUUACCGAUAUUCAUGAUCGCUCGUUCUCUUUGAUGAACGGAUAGAGCUUGAUUAUGAUUAAAUAAAGGAUUUGAUUGCAAAAAGUUUGACGAUUGACAUUCCAUAAAACGAAGGAAAUGAAACCUCGUUCUUUUUAUAACGAGCAUAAAAUGCCAAAAUGAUGAUAUACACUUAUAAAACUAUGCGAAGGUCAAAUUAUAUUCAGUCAGGUAUCCUCUCGCCACAACGUUUGUAGUUGUCAGAUGUUAUUUAGGAAAGCUUGGAGUCGGUAUAAUCGACGGAGCGAGAAUAACCAGCAAGAUUCUUAGAAAUGCAGUAGGGUGCUCCUUCGUGGAACGACAGAAGGAUCGGACGGGUCUCAGUUUCUGCUGGUGGCGCGAAUCGUGGAAAUUUACGAGGCCUCGGUUCGUUUCUUUCUAUGCGAAUUGUCUCGCUCGCUCUUAUUUCUUCAAAGUAUAUAGUUACUAACACGCGGCUUGCGUCAUUGCUCGCAGGUCUCUCCACGUCCGUAUACGUUGCGGCCUACGUGCGGCUCAACGAUAUGGCAACCGCGCGUAAAGCUAAACAUAUUAACUGUCGGCUCACGCCACAAAAACAACAUGAUCUCAUUCCACUACGUAUGUAUAUGCAAGGAACGUGUGAUCCGCAUGCACGCUUCGAAAUCUCAUUCAGAGAUAACUAGAAGUGGAUAAAAGCAUUCGAGAAAUGAAAAAUAAGAACAGGACGAAAAGUAUGAAUAACCAUCCAACAGUGACUCGGUAACGGUAAGUCGGUAGAAUGGUCUGGUAAUAACCAGCAAAGAACAAUACAGAUCGCAUUACCCCACUGGGGCUAUAAUAGGAAUGGCUCCUCGACCCUAGGAGAUUACCAAUACCAGCAAAGUUGACACGGCCACGGGUAUUUUUCCUGGAAGGCAAAAUCCCCUUACCUCACCGGCCUUUCCCCUUAUUCGAUGCCAAUAAAACUUCCUAGACGAUGGUCGCCGAGUUGGCGCUCGUCUACGGCAAACUUUCAAGAAUCGUACCGUAUGCGAAGUCUGACGUAGGUCUUCAACGAUUUAACCUAGAUAACACGCCUAAUCUCAGCCACACGAGAAAACAUCGUAACUCGAGUCGUGUUUGCUAUUCUUUUAACGCUCCUUCGAUGGGUUCGAUCGCGAUUCAAUGAACAGAACGAAAUUCAGCGUAGCAUAUGCUAUCGUAAUACCGAGAAGAGGCACGGUCAAGUCGCUAGGAGAAAGGCGAGCAAAAAUCACGGCUCCAUGCUGGCUAGCGCGGACCGAGAGUUGGUAGGCAGCGAGCGAGCGAACGGGCAGGCAAGCAGUCAGACGAGCACAGCAGACAAUAUGGCGCCGAGAGCGUCGUCACGCUGGCGUGACGUUUCCCGCGCGCGUCAUUAACGGAAGUGAGCACACAAAAUGGCGGAGUUUUACGGAGCUGAGGUGUGAAAGGGAGGAUAGAAGGCGAGAGGGUGUGACGGGGGGAGGGGCGGGUGGGGCGCCUACGGGUGCGGGCAGUCAGGCAGGAUGACGAGAGACAUAGAAAGAGAGAAGUUGGUGGAGGUUAGGUCGGUGGCGCAAAGAAAGAAGAAUGACUAGUGGCCAGCGGCGGUGGACUAGCGCCUGUGCUACACGAGUGGGAUGACGUUGAGGGGAGCUUGCUGGAUAGAGAGAAAAGAACGGAGAAUUGAUUGGUCGUAACGUGAAGAAAGAAGGAACGAGAGUACGACUGAGUAGGAAAGUAGGGGAAGUACGGUGAGAGAGUGUGGCCGGGAGUAGGAGAGCGCGCGGCAAGGGGCGAUAGAGUGAGAGAGCGAGCUGGUGGCCCGAGAGGGGAAGGGAAAGAUCGUUUCAGUGGGAAGCAGCCGCAGUCCGCUAGUAGUAGUGGGGAUGAAAAUUAGUUACGGCAUCUACCAAGACCUAAAAGGAACUCCGUGCGCGGCGCGACCAGGCCACUUCGUGCAAUGUUACGCGUUAAGGUACCCCCGUACGUCGCAUCGUUAGCAGUGCCCGGUUUCGAAGCUCAUCGUCGUCAUCGUCGUCGUCGUUCUCGUUCUCGUGUUUGACGUGACGAUCAUCGUCACGGUGCGAAAAAGUUCGGUGUGUGAAAAUAUACGUUAUGGCUCAUGGCGUAAACGAAGUGCUCAGUGAAGGAAGCACGGUGAAAAUGGUGCAUCAAAAACAACAGCAACAGAAUCCGAGGAAAUCGGUCGGUGUGAUGGGAAGUAGACGGAUAUUCGCGCCGGCCUUCAAGCUCAAGGUUCUCGAUUCAUAUAGAAACGACAUCGAUUGUCGUGGAAAUCAACGAGCCACCGCUAGGAAAUACGGGAUUCAUCGACGUCAAAUACAAAAGUGGUUACAGUGCGAGGAUAAUUUGAGAAAUAGUUGUGCCGAGACUGGAAAUACCGGAGUUGUCUCGACAACGGUGAUCUCUCCCGUGGGUGUUUCCAAGCCGGAUGGCACCGUGACGGAAGCCACGGGGCCUGCCGUGACUCCAGCAGCGCCGGCCUUGAACCUCAGCCUCGCCAGACUGCACGGCGACGAGCUGGCUACACAGCAGGGGCCCCCACCUCUUCUUUCUCAUCCUCCUCAUGGUGGUUCAUCCUCUUCGUCCCAAUAUGUUUCCCAAUCUGGAACGGCGCCGGUUUUAUCCGUUCGUCUUGGUUAUCAAGAAUAUUCUGUCAAUUCAGAGCAACAGCAUCAUCCUCGUCGGGAAACGGACGAUCGAAUACAGGUAACGGUGGACGUUCAGGGUUAUUCGGAGGCGCGCGCGGAUCAAGAACCAAAUUAUUACGUUCUAAAUUCGAACGGUCAACGAGGGGAACUCGAUAAUUUCGAUGGUCGGAACGAGGCGAAGGUGUACGAGACCCUGACAUCGUAUCGAGUACCUCUUCAACAAGAGCAUCGUUUCGGUAACGAAAAUGAAAUCAUCGUAGGAACAUCCUCGUUGCAUCGGCAUCGAGCUUCCUCGCCUAUGCACCAUCGAUCUCAGCAAAAUUACGGGGACGUAGAUUCGUCAAUGGACGGGAAAUCGUACGGUUUGUUGCUAGCGCCGUCGAUGAUAAAGACGGAACGAGCGAGCCCAGACUCGGCGGCGACGCCAGGGCCGUGCGAAUCCACCAGUUCCCCCGGUGCCCCGACAGUCUCGCUCUCGCCCGUUUCGCAUUCAGCCAACGGCACCGGAUUCAGCUCCAGCUCCAGCUCCAGCUCGGCUAUGUCCGUUCACUUCGAUUCUCCACGGCCCUCCGCGAGCCCGUGCUUGCACGUGCACGAGCAUGAGCACGCACACGAAUCCGCACACGCGUCACCAACACCGGAUUCCGAGAAUCCGAUCUCGUCCCUGCACCGUUCGCACCAGAGAGAGUCGAAAGAAACGACAAUAACGAUUCAUAUCGAGGAGAAGGGAACCGAGGACGUUGCAGAGGAGACGGAAAACGGUAAGGCGGUGGUGAAGAAAGAAAUUCAGCUCGAGGAAGAGGUGGCGGUCGGCGAGGAGGGAAGAGAAGCUAUCGUUGCAUCCUCGUACGUCGAUUAUCAACGACCACCUGCUGCUUUCCCGACACACACAGAUUCGUGCCCGGUAAGCCCCGCGAACGAUCGAGAAGGAUACUCGUUGCCCCCGAGUCCUCGAGGGCCGACCAGCUCCGGUAGAUCCAGCACCAGUUGCUCCGACAGCGAGAUGGAUCCACUCGACUGUUCCUCCGCCAAUCAAAAUUCGUCGAACGAUCUCACUCGUCGGCGAUCAUUCUCGCUAAGGUUCAAGCUGGACGUUCUCGACGCUUUCCACAGGGACGUCGGUGUGGCGGGCAAUCAACGCGCCACGGCGAGAAAAUUCGGCAUCAAUCGGCGUCAAGUACAAAAAUGGUUGGGCCAAGAGACAGAGUUGCGGGGCGAGAUCGCUCUUCGCGGAAACUCGAGGCAGAGGCUCGGCCCCAUCCAGGAUGCCGCUUCCGGUGACUCACCGGUAGAUCUGAGAACGUCGAACUACGUUUCCAGCUUAUCGCAAGAUCGAAUCGAAGUCGAGUACGAGCAAUCGCCUCCUUAUUGCUGCGAUGUUGGUUCUUCGCAGCAUCUUCCAUAUUACCAACACGCAGGCACGGUCGAUGUAUCUUGCGAGAACGAGCCUGUCGUUUCUUGUAAUCUUUCAUGCUGCAUGGACGGCCACGCCGUGACACCGGUUGCCUCAUGCUAUCAGGAAGCCUCCUUAAGGGGAUCUUGCUACUCCGACUCGCAGACCAGAUUGUACUGUUAUUCCCCCCGAGAGUAUUCGUCUGAGAUCACCUCGGUUUCCGAACACUCGGAAGAACUGUCCUCACCGUUAAAGAGGCAAUAUUGCACUCUUUCAUGCUGUUACGAGACUUUAUCCUCGCCGAAGAGACUCUGCCUAGAGAUCGAAGAUCAGAUCAGGACGAAUUCCUGCCAAGAAGUGCCUCCUCAGGAAAUGCCGCUUUGUCUCGUGAAGCCAAAGAGGUUCGUCGACGCAGCUGCGUCGAGAACGGAGCCUGUGACGAGUACCGUGCCGACGCCACCGGCGUCCGUCGCGCCUCCGCCCUCAGGAUCGACGAUCAAGAAGGAUGCCAUUCUGUUCAAGCCUUAUUUGGACAAUCCCGUGAGCAAACCGGCCAAAGAGCAGACGGUUCAAAGGGGUUUGUCUCCCGUCAGUAGCCAGAAUAUCAUUAACAACAACAACAACAACAACAACAACAACAACAACAAUAAUAACAACAACUGCCAAAAUAUUUGCAAUUUGAACGAAGGCAGGGGUCAUGACUAUGCUCUAGAAUUAAGCCUGAGAUUGCCGGUAUCCUGGAGAGCUCAUCCAAGUCCGUACGAAUUCCCACAGGUUAGAAGUGCGUUCGUUAGGUAUCCAGCAAGUCCUCAUUACACUUAAUUGGAAAACUUGUUUGAUCCUCGAUUUCGCGAAACGGAAGUUUCGAACGUUUCGAAUUCUUUGUUGUAAAAUCAAUCGACACCAAGUGCCAAGAAAUCGAUAUUUGAACUCGAAAAAAAAUUUUUUUAAUCGAUCGUCGUUGAUAUUUAAAUUCGAGAAAAUGAAAAACGAAACCGUAAUCCGGAUCAAGGAUAUGAAAUCGAUUGUUAGAUAUUCGAUGGUCAAUAAAAAAGAGAAAAAAUCCUUUUAAAAGGAUUUACUCGAGCAGGAUCGAUUGGUACGUGAUCUAUGACACGUCGUACGCCACGUAAGCGUUUAUCGUUUCCUCGAUCGUCGGCGUCGCGUAAAACAUGAUAAAAUUUUAAUCGGCCAUUAGACAGUACGUGGAAAGAGAUUAUACACACGGUCGCGUCUUCAGUUUUUUGCCAUCCUUUAACUUCUUUUGAUCUGAUUUUUUUUUCUUCUGUCAUUCUUCAAAGUUUCUUCAAUCCUUUCCUUUUCCUUCUCUCUCUGUCUCUUUCUCUUCUUCUCUCCUUCUCCCCUUCUCCAUGAAAAUUCAUCAUGAUGAAAUAUUUUUCUUGGAGAAAUUUUUCUCAUACCGUCUUAUCAUCGAGAUUAGCUCGUUCGACGGCUAUCGGCUAGGCCGUUUAGAGGUCGAGUGUAUUGGCUAUAAUUAUAGAAUUAUGUCAGCCUCUAAAUGAUAACGAUCACGAUGAAAACUCGGUAGUGUAGCUCAUCAUCGCGAUUCGUUGCGUAAUCGCUUUUAUAAAUUUCGAGGAAAAUGCUCGAUUCGUAACUAUAGUUUUUCCUUUUUUUUUGUUCUCGUUCAAUGAUUUUUCAAUCUCGAUUCGUCGUUGAUCAAACCUGAAAUAACACAUUUGAAAUAAUUAUUUCAGAUAAUUUGUUAUAUAUUGUAAAAUGUUACUUCAAAUAAUAUUAUUUAUUUGUACGAUACAAUAUAAUAAUUUCUAUUUAGUAUUAUAUUUUGACGAUUAUUUUAAAUGAUUACCCCUUAUUUCAAUGUCAAAUAAAAUUUUACAUACCGUUUUGGCAUUGGAAUUUUCCACGAAUCAUUAUUAUUGAUCAUCCCAUUUCGCGUCCAAUCGAGGAUCAAAUCAAUUAGAUAUCGUUUAAUUGCUCAAAGAAUUUCUUCCAUACACGCAUCCGUGGCCCCAUGCACGGUGCACAGCAAGUAUUACGACAGGGUUUCGUCUCCGUUUUUCCUCUCUUUUGUUUUCCAGAACCUCUCUCGCCUCUCGCGAUUUUCCCUCAAGUCUCACAUUUCCUUCCUCCUCGGUCGAUUAUCUGUAAAUAUGUAAAUAGAACGACGCAGGAGGAUCAAACCGAUCGAAUCGUAAUCGAUUAAUCUAACGAAUUGUUUUGUGUGGCUCGGUUCGAUCCUCUCGCUCGAACGGCCAUUCAUGGAUAUUUUUAUAUCGAGUUUUUCGAUCACGAGGAAGAAGGGAAGGGACGAAAGGUCGAAGAAGGAGAAGUGCGAGAAAAUUCAUAUGACCGCUUCUGUUCGAGGCCUUCGCCAUUCGUGCCUUUCUUCUCGCUGGUCUUAUUUUGCUAGAUCAAACGCGUAAUCUAAUUCUGAACAAAUUUACACGUAGAUUUAUAAUUACAUAGUUUGUAUACAGAGAUAUAUUUUGUACAAAUUUGCGCCCUUCGAAGGGCAGUUCGAAGCGACGAAUCAAUUAGAUGUUAAAAAAACUUUUAAUAUCGGUAACGCAACAAUGUAGUUUUAGAAAUUUUUAUGAUAUUGAUCGAUGGAUUUUUUGGACAUAAUCUCCAUACGAUAUUCUCUACGUAUAUUGUCGAUCAGAGAUUUGGAAUCGUUAAUGCAUUCUGUAAAAUACAAUUAUUCAUAAAACGUUUAAAUUAGAGUUCAGUUACUUAUAUUACUUAUUCUGUGCAAACAAAAAUGAGCACAUUUAUCUUAUUAAUAAUGCAAAUUUGCUUUUGUCUUAAUAAUAAACGGUAAUAAAGUUGGAAUGGAAUUAAAUUUUUUUGAUUCAUUAUCAGUUAAUGUUUUAUUUGUAAAUAUUUUAUACGUAUGUACGAUAUAGAAAAGAAAAGAAAAGGGAUUUCAAAUUUCUGAUCAAUAGCACGUAAAUAUAUCGAUGAGAUCUAAUGCGAGAUUGAUCGCGAGGGGAGAUUUUUAAUAAAGAUACACACGAUGAGAUCGAUUCGCAAAAACAGGCGUGCCUUAAACGAUAUAUAUAAUAAACAUUUCAUACAGGGACGCAAUAUUGUUUAAUAUCGAGUGUUAAUACAAUUUUAGAAUAAUAAACUUAUUCACAGAAAAAACUACGAGAGAGAGAGAGAGAGAGAGAGAGAAAGAGAGAGAUGUUCUUAAUUAUUCUUAUAAAUUAUUCACGCGUUCAUAUCAUUUCCAGCAUUCGUUCUCUGAUUGAUAGAAUCCCGGCCAAUAUAUUUCGAUUCUUGAGUCGAUAAUACGUUCAUUUUUAUCAUAAGACGACCAUCGAAGCAACAAAUCUGAUUCAUUGAUCAAAAAAAAAAAAAA